CUACCAACCUUCUUUGUCCGACUAACAAUGUCAGCUUCUGAAACACCUGUCGACUUUACCGAUACGGUAGCAUGGACAGGAGAAACAGAAAUUAGUGCAAGUGAUGUGGUCGAGAAACAGCAGCUGGUAAAAGACAUACUGGGUAUGCAAGAAGGACUAAAAGGAUUGAUGACCCGUAUCUCAACCGUUCAACAAGAUUGUGUGAAAGCGGAAGCGGAUAACGAAAUGCUGCAAAUGUAUAUCGACAGUGUCACAAAGAGCUUGGCAGCCAAAAGCUAGAAGGCGGUUUGAGAGGCUCUGUGUAAUCAGCCAUCAAACUUUGCAUCUUUUCGCGGCAAUUAUUCAACAUCUGCCGAUUGAACAUCACUUGUAUUUUACUCUUCAUGCUUGUAGAUUAUUUCAUCAUUACAACGACUUUGCCAUAUUGCCGACGGUAUGAAUUCUUCUUUCCUUGCCAAAAAAGUCAUGCUUGAGCUAAUAAGGUUCCACGUCGGAUUUAAAGUAUCCGUGCUCGGGCCACAGGCACAAAUUAGACUUUGGAACAUUCUUCCUCUUCGGUAAUCUUCUUACCUUCCUUCCUUCAUUUCAAAAGGCUAAGAUUUCAGCACGAUGGCCAAGCCGGCCAAGACGUCUCUCAGUGUUCCGCAGAGACGGA